AUGAAUUCUUCAAUAAUUCCCAUAACGCUACGCGGAGACAAUCUCGGAGAACGCCAUCGAUAUCUGAACUCUCUGGUCGAAGACGUCUAUCAACAGAAGUUGCCCCUGCAAUGUAUCCUAGAAUUAUCUGAAAAGUCUCCUAUCGAUAAACUCUUUAAAAUUGACUUAGCGUCGAGGUAUCGGGAUGCAAAUUAUAUUAUUAGCACUCUUAAGCUAGAGGAUAUGCUAUACGUUAGCAGAGCCCUGAAAUGUACUUGGCUUUUAGAGUCGGAAUAUCAAAGUAUCUUUAAUCCUGAUCACUUAGAAUCUGAGCUGUAUCCAAACAUGAUAACUCCAGCAGUUAAUAAAAUGAAGAACUGGCUGCAAAUUAAUUUGCGCGACCCUGUAAGAUGUCAAAAGUUCUACAAAUAUUAUAAGGAUGAUUUUGAUGUGAGUAUGAAAUUUCUUCGGCAUUGUUCCACUGAAUUUAUCAUGGCUGAAUUUUUAAAUAUUAUAGAUAAGAUGACGCCGAAACAUUUGAAGGUUCUUAGCGAAUACUGCCCACAAGUAAUGAAAUUAUAUUACGAUAAUUUUAGCAAAACUUCGAUAACAUUAAAGCGGUAUAUAAGUGAAGACCGUGAUUAUUUUAACUGUUGCAAAAGUCUUGUAAACGUGGACAUGGAUUUAUUUCUGGAUAUCGUUGAAAAAUAUUAUGAUCAUCACAAAUUUGGUUCGCUCAGUCCGCGUAUAUCUGAACGCAUCAUGAAGAAUCACAAACAUAGGUUCACAAACAAAGCUGAACUCUACGCGGGUUGGCUUCUAGAUAUGAAAACUUUAGCUAAACAUCUCACUGAUGAAGAGAUAAAAGAAGUCGUGCUAAAGUUAGCGCGGGCGGAAUACCUUUACAAUUUGUUUUCAUAUAAAAACGUAGAGCCCCUUAUUAAAAAGUUGAGCGUUGAUGAGAGAGCAUCUUUUAAAAAGCAGGUUUUUGUCCAAAAUGAGAUUGGAACAAAGGUAAGCACAUGGCCUUACCCACCGCCCUCUCCGCCCUCUGGUUCGGAGAGUGAAAUUUUGAACUCCAUUUUCGAUGAUGUUAAACAUAAGCCAGACAAAUACAAGUACAUUGAACAGCCAAAUUUCAAACGUAAAAUACAAUAUCAAUGCCUUAUGGCUAUGAGCUCUGAUACAGAAUACCGUAUGGUAGACGAUUGCUUUCCGAUAAGGAGGAAAACUUUGCUAGAUCAGCUGUUUGAUCGCUAUAGAUUUUACAGCUUCGACCGGACAAUGUUUGAACUUCGAAAAUUGUUAAUGGCGGAGGGAUCUGUAAAGAAUCGAGAAUUCAUGAUGCUAGUGUUGGUUAGCAAAUGUGGGGAGAAUAUGGACCAAGUUGAGAAAUUGAUAAAUUUGCUUGUUGAACGGCACAAAAACGAACCGAGUAAUUUGCGGGCAGCCAUUGUGCGGAGCUUAGUUGUGCGGGCGUGCGUAUGGCGUCUACCACCGAGGGCUUGGAGUCUCUUGCUUGAUUUUGGACGAGAAUUAGGGCUUGAUGGAGUAUCGCCGAUACUUUGCCUCGAAGGGAUGCACGCUGCAGUGUUAAGAACCUUAUUGUCAGGCGAAGAAUGUCCACUUUCUUUAAAAGCCGCUUAUCUGGAUAAUUUCUCAAUUCUCAUUAACUAUAAGUUAAAUGCACCAGAAAAACGUAAAGUGAGGGAAAAUUUACCUGCGUUGCUUUUAACUGUCGCUGUGGCAGAUCCAGAUUCGGCGUUAAAAUGCUUUGGACUUCUUUUAGACGCAUUAUCAGCGCUAAAAUUAAAAGUUAAAGAUUGUCCCGGUGCUGUUGAUGCAUUAGUAGAGGCUGUACAUCGAGAUCCAACUUCGGCGGAAAGUCUCCUUCAUCGACUAUACAAUGAACGAGUUGCCCGACGCGAAUUAUUCCGUGAAACCUUUAAGCUGCUUAAAACAAAUGCAUCAUAUUUGAAUGUUUUGCGUCACGAUGCAAAGAUGCUAACAUCUACAAGUGACUUCAUAGAAUCGCUUAAAAAUCGCUCGUUCAAUUAUGACGGUUUUCUAAAAAAACUGUCCUUAUAUUUUGGAGAAGAAAACGGACUAGCUGCAACAUACGUAGUAGAGAUCACUCAGUUGGCAACCCGUAAGUCGCACGCGUCUUUAGCUCGACCACUUGCUUUGUUACGGAUCGAUCUACGGCCAAUUAUUGAUGAAUGCCUAAAAGAACCAAAGGGAAGUUCUAAAAAACAACUAGGAGCCGCUUUGUUAGCCAAUUAUCAUCAUAGUAAGCCUUUAGAUGUUGAUGUAAACGAUUGGCGGACGCUUGGUGUGAAGGCGAUUGCAAACAAAAUACUGAUUUGCAAAGCUGUUGAUGUAAAAAAAUAUUUACAAAAAUCGCUAGAGUGGCGACGAACACUAAAAUUGGCAUUGCGUCUUGCAGGACGCGUCGAUAAUACAUCACAAGUCUACGCAAUAGUUGGUACUAAAAGACCGGCUGCCGCAGUGCGUGCUGCAAUUAUGUAUUUAAAAAGAAAUAAAAAUUGUGACAGAGUAGAUGUUGAAGUGUGGAGAGCAGUUGCUCCCGCUUUAUGCAAUUUGGAUCUAUCAGUAGAGCAACGUCGCCGUCUUCAACAAAACCUCCUCUGUGACGUAGAAAUUAUCCCUUCGGAUAUUGAAGUUGAGUACUGGACCGAAUUGUUAAAAGCUAUCCAAAAGAUAUCAAGAAGGAAAGCGAUGCCAAUUAUAUGCACGCUGGAGAAUAUUUUGCCAGACGUUGGUUCAGACGUUAUUAAAAACAUAAUCGAGCAGUUUCUAGAAGAGUUUACACUGGACAACGUGUCAGAAGUUGACUAUAGCAUAAAAAUUUGUCAUAGUAUGCAAGUGCGUAUCAUUGCGAAAUAUCUGCUACUAUGUAAAAGCGAAUUUGAACGAAAUCAUAAACUGGAAACUAUUUGGGAGCCAUUCUAUAACCGUCUGAUGUCGCUUCUAAAAGAGGACACUCAAUCUUCGAUCGAGUAUUUAGACGACUUUUUGAUUGCGUUAAGAUAUAAUAAGGCUUUCUUCGACACUUCACUAGUUUCAUGUUUGCCCGUACUGGAAAGAAUAGUGACGGACUUGCGGAAGUUUCUGCCAAUGGAGGGUUACUUUUAUGUCUUCGUCGUGAUACAUGCCAUUAUGUUAUAUUACAAAUCAAUCCAACAAAGCCUCAAACUACACCCAGAUAAGUUUCAAGAUGCUAAUACAAAGCAGAGCGAGGGAACGGAAAUAGUUGGUAAACUAUUCGGUCAAUACAUGGGGCAGGAAGUUCGCGAAUUGGUGUCUAAAUAUUUCAAGUCCGUUGUAACCCUUUACUACAAUAAUUUAAUGAUAUUGUUACGUGACAAUCUUAAUUACAGUGAGAGCAGGAAUAGAUUUUUCAUUGAAAUUGUGAAAGGUUUGUUGGAAGUUGGCAACACUGAGGCGUUGCGUGUCGCACAGUACAUAUUGGAAGGUGAGCUGUGUAGUAAUUCUGGAAAACAGGAGCUUUUGAAAGCUUUGAAAGAAACACAAGAUGAGGAGGUUAAAUUCUUUAUAUACGCCGAUAUGUGCUGUGGCUUAAGCUUCUGA